AUGACGAGUGACGACCAGCAAUUCCUGGACCUGCUUGCGUCCAUCCCACAGGACAUGGCCCACUAUGGUAGUCGCAUAGCAGACUACGUCGACAAGCACGCAAAUGCCCUUGCCAACGACAUCCGCGACGCCAUUGACCGAGCAAGCUGGAUUCCCGACUCUCUUCGACCUCCGCGCCACCCGGGCGGAGGGCAAGGUCCAUUUUCUGCUCGGCCACCUCCCCCACCUCGCGGUAUCCUUCAGAAGACCACAGCUUGGGUUUCCAGAAACCGGACCGCAAUUGCCAUAGUGGUGGCGUUCGCCGGCACCACCCUAUACCUCAUCCAUCGCAGGAAGAAAGCACAUGCGAGAAAGAGACGAGCGAAGAAACUGCCCAAUGGCGCGAAAAAGGAGAUUGUCAUCAUCGCUGGCUCGACCUUCCACGACGCACUUACACGCUCAUUGGCGCUUGACCUUGAACGGAGAGGUUAUGUCGUUUAUAUCACCGUCUCUUCCACCGAGGAAGAUUCUCUUGUGCAACAGGAAGCGAAGGCUGACCUGCGCCCACUCUGGAUCGAUUUAACUUCCACCGUCCCGAACCCUGCGGUCGACGUGCAUCCGAAUCUGGAAUCCAUCCGUGACCUCCUGACGAAGUCAUCUCGGUCCUCAUCACCCAGCAGGAGCUCGCACCGCUCAGGUUCCUCGAUGGGGAAUAUGACGUUGGCUGGCCUCAUCGUCUUCCCCGGCAGCUCAGGCUACAGCGAAGGACCACUGGCAUUGCUCCCUCCAUCCGAUAUACCUGAUCCGAAAUCACCUUCGUCUAUCAUCAUUGCAUACCCGUCGAUCCCGCAUAGUCUUUCCCCACCACGUCAAAUCCCAGAAUGUCUAGUUACGUCGUCCCUCUCAGCGCUUGCAGCCUCACUACGGCGAGAGAUCACUGCAGCAAACGCAAACAUCACUGUCUCGGAACUCAAAUUGGGAAAUUUUGAUAUGGGCUCCGUCACCUCCUGGUCAAGAACGACUCCAACACAAUCGACCCUCCACGCUGGUCCGUCGUCAGCGCUUACGCAUAACAGCUCUCACUGGCACUCGUCGCAACGUGCGGCUCAUCAGCGCAAGUCACUGGGACAGAGAAGUUUCAUCCGUGGCUCCUCGGCAAGAGAGUUUCACAACGCAGUAUUCGACGCCCUCGCUCCGCCACAGACAUAUAGACCAUUUGGGUUCAGCUCCUUAGAAUUCACUUCAAAUACAAGACCGAACGUCAUUUUCGUCGGCAGUGGUGCGAGGAUUUACGAUUAUGUAGGCAAGUUGAUGCCUGGUGGACUGGUGGGGUUGAUGAUGGGAUGGAAUCGAAGGAAGACAACUUCACGGUCUGCGGAUGAAAUGCACAAGUCGGUACGAUAUGAUGCAAGUGGCAGCGCGAGUGCCAGUGGAGUCGAGACUCCUGCUGGUGGUGGUAGCUCGUCCAUAGCAGGACAUCCACUUUCAGCUUCAGGCUCCCCGUCGGCUUCAGCUUCGGGAUGGGGCUUUCAGUCGUUGGGCAGCGAGAGCGGCAUUUGGGAGAAAGUAUGA